ACUCACAAGUCUUCCACUGGCUGAUGAGCGUUACCAUCUACUACACAGUUGUUGGGGUCUCUUUUCUUUUUCAGAGCAGCUAAUUGGGGUCUGUUGACUUUGUUCCCAAAGUCCAAAGAUCGAUCUUGUUCUCGCAGGAGAAUGAAUCCUUAGAAAUCUGAUUGCUGGCCCGUCCAGGAAGCAAGCAGAGAGAACAUGGAUGUCGUGCAGCCUGCAGGAGUGGACGCGGUGAAGCUCGUUCUGAUGAUUGUGCAAGCAGCUCAGACGGUCCGCCACAACAAGAAGACCUGCCAGCAGCUCGCUCACCGCACACAGAUGAUCGGCGACCUGCUGAAGAGGCUGCAAAGUUCAGGAAAGAUGCGUCAGCCAGAGGCCAGGAGCCUGCUGGAGGUUCUUGAGGACAUCCUAUGUGAAGCCUACAUGCUCAUCAAAUCCUGCCAGAACAGCAACUAUAUGUACCAGAUCUUGAUGGGUCGGAAGCAGGCCGAUCAGCUUCGUGUUGUUCAGAAUAGGAUAGACUCCUAUCUCCUGCUCUUUCCUCUCAUCAGCCACAUCGACACCGCGGAUCAAACGGACCAAAUUCUGAAUGCCAUACGGCCUUUUCAAUCCCAGACCGCAGAAGAGGUGCCAAGGUUGCUUUCAGGUUGUUCAAGCCACCAUGCUACUAGUUGCUCAUCUGGUGAUGCAAGGAUUGAAGUUUGUGGCAAGUUUGAAAGAGUUCAUGCAGUAAAUGAGCAAUUUACUGUAAAUGAAAGCAAGCAAGCAGGCUCUUCAAAUGUUUUCGGAGCAUUUUCAACCAAACAAAAUAGAAUGAGGCACCGUUGCUGUGGACAUCUAAAGGAGUCACGUACAAUUCAUAGGGCCACUGGUCAUAAAGGGUCCGUCAAAUUUAAUUUCUCCCAGUUGUUGGAUGCGACCAACAGUUUUUCUCAUGCAAACCAGAUUGGACAAGGUACCUUUGGCUGCAUUUACAAGGGUCGAUUACAUGAUGGACUUGACGUUGCCGUGAAAAGACGUCUUGAAGUUCCUUUAUCACCUAAUCAGCUGGAUUUCCGAAAUUUGGAGUUUGAAAAUGAGAUUUCCUUUCUGACAAAGCUCCAGCACACAAAUAUUGUCAAACUUUUGGGAUGCUGCAUUCAUGGGGCGGAGAGAAUUUUGGUCUAUGAAUAUAUGGCCAAUGGAAGCUUUGAUACCUUCAUCUCUGGUACAAGAACAACAAGGGCCAACCUUGACUGGCCCACACGCUCCCAAAUAAUGAAAGGGGUAGCUGAAGGACUUUGUGUAUCUUCAUAAACAGUGUGGGCUAUACAUUAUACAUGGAGAUUUAAAACCAAGUAACAUUCUCUUGGAUUCUGAUAUGAACCCCAAGAUAUCUGAUUUUGGCAUAGCUAGGACGUAUAAUCCUGGUUUGGAUAAAGAGUUUGCCGACCGCAUAGUGGGCUCGACGUAAGAUGUCUGAAUCCUUCCUGGUAUAUCAUAUUGGUUUUAUUGCUCCGGAGUAUCGGGAAAGAGUUCUUUUCUCUAUUAAGUCAGACGUUUAUGGAUUUGGAGCAUUACUUCUUGAGAUCAUCAGUGGCAAAAGGUGCUUCUCACUCUCAGGUGGAGGUGAUUAUGGAUUUCUGAAUAAGAGGGCCUGGGAGUUGUGGAGAGCAGGAAAAUUGAUGAAGCUCGUCGAUUCGCACUUGCGCAACGUGCCAGUGCCUCAUACCACGGAGAUAACAACAUGCAUCCAGAUUGCAUUGUUGUGCGUGGAGGAGGAUCCGGCGAACCGGCCCACCAUGCAGGAGGUUUUUCUGAUGCUAAGCCAUCAGAAUGCUGCUGCGUUGCCUAUGCCUCAGCGGCCAGCUUACUUGAGUGCUGGAAUGGUGCACACAUAGCAAUUGCCUGGCACCGGAUCGAGGCCGCGGAAGAGAAACUAUUUACCAGACCCGGCGCCAACCUGUAAACAGUGAGGAAGUGAGCCUAUCUCACUUGUAUGUGGUAAGUCGAUGUACAAAUAGGAUCACUUUGGUUGAUCAAUCUUGGUGGACUCCAAUUUUUUUUCGGGUUCAAGUUAUAUAAUACUGUCGUGUCUUCUUUAUAUUUUUCUGCAAACAAUGUGCUUUGUUGUCAAUUUAUUUUGGAUAUGUUAUUACCAUUAAGUGUUAUGUUUACUGGAA